AUGGAUUUCACCAAGAACAUUGCCAAUUUUGGCAAGAACAUCUCAACGAGCUUCACUCCCUUUGCUGCUCGUACUCAGCAGUUCGUUCGGGAGCAGCUCACCCAGGUCGAGGAUAAGACUCAAUUACCGCCGGACUACCUCGAGCUCGAGAAACGUGUCGAUGCCUUGAGACUCGUUCAUCAGCAACUCUUGGCUGUAACUUCUCAAUUUUCUAACGAGUCCUAUGAUUACCCCUCAAACUACCGCGAGUCCGUUGUCGAUCUUUCCCGCACACUCACCGAGAAGGUCCAGCUUCUCUCCGCUGCAAACACCGCUACUGAGGCCCAAAACAUCUUGACAAAGCCCGGUACAAAAUCCGCCCCAAAGACCUUUGCCCACGCCAUCGCCCGGGCCUCACUCAAUUCUGCGCAUGCGCUUGAAUCGUCUGAACCCCUUGCGACCGCCCUCGAGAAAUACGCUCUCGCAUCUGAACAGGUCGGAGAAGCCCGUCUCCAACAAGAUGCACAGAUUCAGUCUCGUUUCAACGCGGCAUUCACAACCACAUUGAACACGAAUAUUAUGUUCGCACAAAAAGCGCGCAAAAAUGUGGAGAAUGCUCGCCUAUCUCUUGAUGCAGCUAAAUCUAAGGCCAAGAGCGGUGGUGGAAUCGGGUUCCCUAACCUUGGCGGUGCCAGACAACAAGACCCCCAUCACGAGGAGCACCUGACCGAUGAGCAAAGAGUUGAGGUUGAGACAGCUGAGGAUGAGUUUGUCGGCUGCACAGAGGAGGCUGUUGGCGUGAUGAAGAACGUCCUCGACACCCCCGAACCUUUGAGAAAUCUUGCGGACUUGGUUCAGGCCCAGUUGGAGUUCCACAAGAAAGCUUUUGAGAUUUACUCUGAGCUUGCACCAUUGAUUGAGGGGCUACAAGUCGAACAGGAGGCAAGCUACAGGAAAAACAGAGAAGGCGGGGCGUAA